AGCCUACAAUAAAGGCAAAUAAACACUUCAUAUAAUCUUAAAUUAAAUCUCUCUCUCCUCUCUCUCUCUGUCUGAACAAAGCGUUUAUUACAGAGCAGAGAGAGAGUAAAAGAGGAAACAAGUGGUAGUAGACAUGUCGGACGACGAGAGAUGCGAAGAGUACCUCUUCAAGAUCGUCAUCAUCGGAGACUCCGCCGUCGGAAAGUCCAAUCUCCUCACCCGCUACGCUCGCAACGAGUUCAACCCCAACUCUAAAGCCACCAUCGGCGUCGAGUUCCAGACUCAGAGCAUGCUCAUCGACGGCAAAGAGGUCAAAGCUCAGAUUUGGGACACCGCCGGCCAAGAACGCUUCCGCGCCGUCACCUCCGCCUAUUACCGCGGCGCCGUCGGAGCUCUCGUCGUCUACGACAUCACCCGCACCUCUACCUUCGAGAACGUCGGUCGCUGGCUCGAUGAGCUCAACACUCACUCUGAUACAACAGUAGCGAAGAUGCUGAUUGGGAACAAGUGUGAUCUCGAGAGCAUAAGAGCGGUGAGCAUCGAGGAAGGCAAGAGCCUUGCAGAGUCUCAAGGUUUGUUUUUCAUGGAGACAUCAGCGCUUGACUCCACCAAUGUAAGCACGGCUUUCGAGAUGGUUAUCCGCGACAUCUAUAGCAACAUGAGUCGGAAGCAGCUCAACUCUGAUUCUUACAAAGAGGAACCAACCGGGAACCGGGUUAGCUUGGUCAAGAACGAGAGUGAAGGGACAAAGACAUUUUCUUGCUGUUCGAGGUAAGCAAGCGUUUGUCUGUAACCGGUUUUCUCUUUGUCCUGAGGGGUUGGUUGGUUGGUUUUUGGUGGUGUGUUCGCCGGUGUAACUUAUAUACUAGUCAAAAGACAGAUACAUUCUUUUUGGUUCUCGAUUGAAAAAGCUUAAAGCAAAAAAAAGAGAAAGGUUUGUGUUUUGAGUUUCUUUGUUACAUUACAGAUACAGAAGAAAUGUAAGCAAAAAAAGAAGUUUGGUCAAUGUAUAAGUUUAUGUUCUCAUUUCUACUUCUUCUUCUUUGUAAACUGUGUGUUAAAAAAUCAGUUUUGGUAUU